AGAAAGUAGGGUUGUGUGCCGCUGGUUGAAAUGAAACGUCUUCUGUGGGUGAGGACAAAGUGAAACCGGGAUGUGGUGGCGCAGCGGACAGAUGCCUGGUGUUUGUUUCCUGCUGCAGCUUUUACAGCUCCCGUGUUCCCUCGGUGCUGAUACCAGUGGUGAUUGCAGCGGGUUUAUUGGCCGUCAGACAGCUGCUGUCAGCGGAAACACAGCUGAACUGUGACCCCGGACCUCUGCUGCAGGAGAAACCUCUGCAGGUUUGAUCCUGAUUCUGAGCCGAGUCUGCGUUCGUCUGGGUCCAGAGAUGAAGAGGAGACUCCUGCUGGUGUCCAACUCCACCCUGCACGGCAGCGGGUACCUGGACCACUGUGAGCACAACAUCUCACACUUCUUCGGAAAAGAUGUGAAGCGAGUGCUGUUUGUUCCUUAUGCUCUUCAUAACAGAGACGCUUACACCAAAACUGCCAGGGACAAGUUUAAGACUCUGGGUUAUGAGGUGGACAGCAUCCACAAGGCCGCGGACCCCGUUGAUGCCGUCAGGAAGGCUGAAGCCAUUUUCAUCGGAGGAGGAAACACUUUCCGGCUGCUGAAGAGCCUGUAUGACAACAAGGUGGUGACAGAGAUCAGGAGGAGAGUGCUGGAGGAUGGUAUUCCCUACAUGGGCUCCAGUGCCGGCACCAACGUGGCCACCAUCAGCAUCAACACCACCAACGACAUGCCCAUCGUCUACCCUCCGUCUUUCUCUGCCAUCGGCCUCGUCCCCUUCAACAUCAACCCACACUACCUCGACCCUGAUCCCAACAGCCGCCACAUGGGGGAGACCAGGGAGCAGAGGAUCACCCAGUACCACGAAGAACCUGAUACUCCCUGUGUCCUGGGUCUGAGGGAGGGGUCCAUGCUGCUGGUGGAGGGAAACAAAGCCACACUACUGGGAACCACUAAGGCCAGACUUUUCACCAGGGGAAAAUCCUCAGUGGAGUACGACCCAGGUAGUGACCUGAGCGUCCUGCUGACAGACGCACAAUAAUCCACCACCACAGCUGAUGAUAUGGUUGUGGAUGACAGUGCUUAAAUGUUCUGGUCAAAUCAGAAUAAGCAUUUAAGGAAACAUCAUUCUGUCUUUGUGAAGAUCUAACAAUGUUGAUUAAAGUCAUGUAACUCAGA